CAGACACAUGGUUGCAACUCUUUUAAGGCUUGAGAUGGCUGCGUUUCAUUUAGUUAAUUGAAACAGUCAAUUUCACAGUCAAUUUGAUGCCUGUAAUAUGAGAAAAAUUUAUUUCAGAGUAAAAUAGGAUCUUGUAAUUUAAGAAAAAGUGUGUGACUGGUCUUCUAUCCAUUGGAAAAUGAAUAGCACAUGCAAAAAUGGAUGUUUGCAGUUCUUUGUGUACAAAGUCUGAUACAUGUGAAAUUGAAACUUAAAUGGUUUUGGUGACAGCCACAAAGGAAAGUCGAGUUAGAAAUGGGUAAUGUUUAUUAGUAUUUUUUUUGCCUUGGGGAUAAUGUAGAAUAACAAGCUUUCCUAUAGCUCAAGCAGUGUAGCAUUGCACUAAAGAUUCAGGUCAUGGGUUUGAUUCUUGUAGAUGAUGUAAGAUGCUUUGAAUAAAAGGUGUAAGGUGCAUGAAUGUACAUGCAUAAUCAUGCAUAAGUAAAUAAGAAAAUAAUUGGGGUCAGUUAAAAAUUGCUAAGAAUUGGUUAGUUUAUGAUGAUUCCUGGGUUUUUGCAAUGGCUACAAGUAAAACUUUAGAGAGAUUCUGAAUACUUUGACAUAUUCGGCUAGUCCACAAGAAACCUUUGAAAAAUCUAGCAGCUCAAUUUCUGUCUUGGAUCAAAGAUCUGAGCUGCAUGGUCAAAUCACACACACCCCUGGAGAAUCAUUCUCUGCAGAGCUACACUAGUGAUGGGCUAUUUGACUUCUUCUCUUUGGUGUUAUUCCAGAGCAGUCUUCAUCUCACUGGUCUCACAGUGUAAACCACUGUCUUGAGGAGCGUUCUUCUCCACUCCACCAAAAACCUCAAUUUUACUGCCAAACUUUUAAAGGUCACAUCUCUUGUCUUUAUCUUCAGCAGACUUUCCUCUGACUCCAUAUUAGGAGAGACCUCAAGAGGUUGAGGUAUUUGGCCUGGGCCAGUCUUUUAUCAGUAGUUUCCAUGGCAGUGUGAGAGGGAGGUCUCGAUGCUGAGUUGUACUAUGUGAGGGAUGAUGUGGUAAAUCAUUAUGCCCUUUCCUUCAUCCUGCCUGUCCCCAGUGACACUAACAGCCUACAUUUCACGUGGCACUCCAGCAGCAAGGUGGAUUACAGGUUAGGGUUUCAAGUGGAAAACACUUCAGCCAUGGAUCAACCUCAGAGCAACAUCUCUGCUCAGGGGGAGGUCCCGCGCACUCGUUCAGUGUUCAGAGUGGAUAUUUUCUGCUCUGGAAAGGCUGAUGGAGAGGCUGUGCUAACAGUGCAGUUGAACCUGACUACAACCGUCAACAACUUCACAGUGCUUAACUUCAAACGCAGGAAAAUGUGUUACAGAAGAAUUGAGCAGCUGGAGCCCCCCAAAACUCUGCCAUUCCCAAACACAACCAUACAGAGAAUAGAUCCGAGCAGUUCAAAUGCUCCCACCACAUCCACACGAGUUUUUCUACAUCAGCGUGUGUGUGUGCCUGCAUCGUCAUCUUCCUGGUAGCCAUCAUCCUCG